GCUUUUUUUUUCUAACAUGCACUUCCUGAUCUGACACUCGACAGAAAGAGAGAGCGAGAGAGACUUAGGGAGAAACUGAGCGAGAGUGAGCGAAGGAGAGGAGUGACGGUAUGAGGUAGACAGAGAGAAAACAGACAAGACAUCAAGAAAACAUAGAGAGAAAGAAAAAAAAAAUCAGAGAGAGAAGAAUCACGAAGAAAGGGAUCGGGGAUAUUGAGAAAGAAGAGGAAACUCUGAGUAUGAAAAAGACAGCGCCUUCUUUAAAAAGAAAUGUCUGGGACAGUCGGACCCUGAAAUAAAACAGACCAUGAGGAGACUACUGCUGGUGGUUUUAUUAUCUGGCCCCUUUUUCAGUUCGUGUCUUAAUCUGAGUAUCCCCCUGCAAGCCGCGCUGCUGGUGCGGGGAGAGCCCGUGGGCUUCGGCAGAGCGAAACGCGCCGUGGAAGGAGAAGACACGGAGCCGCCGUGCCCCGGAGACGAGUACCGGCACCCUGAUUUAGGCCACUGCUGCAAGAAGUGUCUAAGUGGUUUUAGGAGAAUUACCCAUUGCCCAGAACAGGGGAUAAUCACAAAAUGCGCCCCCUGCCCCAAUGGCCAAUUUAUUGAUUUGCCCAACUAUUCCAGGGGAUGUCUCAUGUGCACUCAGUGUAUCCCAUCUCUCGGACAAAUCAUUCUGUCGAACUGUACGCGCGAAAGGGACACUGUGUGCGGAUGUCCUCCUGGUCAGUUCAAGAUCAUAGUGGGCAGCAGCUUCCGAUGCGAAAAUUGCAGUCAGUGUGGCAAUGGAGAUGUGUUAAUCCCGUGCAAAGAAAGCAAUGAUACUGUAUGCACAUGUCACCAUGACUACUUUCUCGACCACUCCAAACGGACAUGUGAGAAAUGUGGGCUAUGUAAAAGCGAAGAGUGUCGAAAGCGCUGCCCCCCAGUAGAACGUAUAAAAUCUCCAGAGCCAGUUUCAGAAGAUACUGUCUGGAAGUACGUGGUUCCUCCGGUAGGCCUACUCGUUAUAAUAGUUUUUGCCGUUGCCUGCUACAUUUACAAGAGACGCUCUCCGCCAAAAGAUGUAUCAGGUAACAUGUGGAAAAAUGCAUAUGAUCAAUUGUUUGCCUGUUUUAAGCUGAUUCUGGCACUGGUGCAUCCUUUAGAGUCUUUAAAAGAAACAUUGUAUCCAACCUUUGUUGACAUAAGUAUGUCCGCCAUGGGUGAAGAUUGCCUCUCAUCAACGGCUCAGGAAGCUAAACUGAUUUGUCAGACCACGACGCCAGAAGACCCAACUGCUUUCGCUGGUACCCUGAUCCAUACUCGACAAAUCAUGGGAAUAGACGUGGCAAAUAAUUGCCAAGCCCUCCCGUUACCGGACAUCACAACAGAACCAAGAGCUCAGCAGUUCCAAAAGCCGGAAGACCUUUAUACCCUCAUUGACAUCAUCCCGGUGUCUCGCUGGAGGGAAUUUGUCAGACGCUUGGGACUCAGCGACAAUGACAUCGAGAAAUCCGAGGAAGAGAAUAGACGUUUUCGAGAAGCUCAGUAUGACAUGCUCAUCACCUGGAGGAACCGCGCUGGGCCGUCUGGGGCCACUAAAGACGAAGUGAGCAGAGUGUUAAAGGACAUGGAGUUGGGUGGGUGUCUAGAAAGAUUUCUGGAGUGCCAAUAAGAUGCUGACUGAGAUACUCUGAAACCUAUUGUUAACUAACACAAACAUUUCAGCCGUAAUGCCCAAAACACUGAACAUCUUUAUUUCCCAAAGAUUCUGGAGCCUCAGUUCAUAAUAAAGUAUCGAUGGAUUUUUGUCGGUUCCUAGUGUUGGAACAGCUGGAAUUUUCUCUUCUGAAGAAUUACCAAUAAGAGAAUAAUCUGUUCUUAGUCAACUGGAGAACCAUUACAUUGCAACGAUCGACAGUCUAACCCUCUUCUAAGGAUGAGCGGAACGCAUGAGUUACUCCUGGCUUGUUACAAACAGCACUGCAUUUGUUAAUAUCAUCAUCAAUAAACAAUUAUUGGUGGUAAAUAUA